GUUUGGUCACAUUAAUUUAUCGUGCUUCUGGCGCAUUUCAUUAGUUUUUGUUUCUUAUUUUUAAUUGAGAGAAAUAAAUGUCAUUUCAAUUGCCAACGACUACCACAGCUCCGGCUGCUGCACCUGCGUUCUCCUUUGGACUAAAUACCUCAGCUGCAACAGCCGCAGUGCCGGCGGCAAAGCCAACGUUUUCAUUUGCCGCACCGGCAGCAACUGGAGUGCCCACACUUGGCGCCAAUCUAGGAGGAGGCGAUGCAGACGCUGCUAAGGUGGCUGCCCAGGCAGCACCUCCACCCUUCGGUGGCUUUGGACUGGGAGCAACCACGACGCCAGCUUUGGGAACUGUGACACCAGUGGCAACCACAUCGGCUGCAGCUCCAGCUGCCACACAGCUCUUUGGUGGUUUUAAGGCCCCGGCUGCAGCAGCACCAGCAGCAGUAAUAGCACCGGUGGUGGCAGCAACCACUACUGCAGCUCCUGCUCUUGCUCCACUGGUGUCGGCGCCUGCUCCCGUUGCUGUGGCUUCCACUUUGCCUGCAGUGGGUACCACUGCUCUCAAUGCAGCUGCAGUUCCAGCCACCACUGGAGGUUUUGCCAACCUUACUACAGAAACCAAAACCACGGACUCAUCAGCCGUCUCCACCACUACCCAAAUGUCGUACAAUCAACUGGAGGAUCAUAUCAACAAAUGGACACUUGAGUUCGAAGAGCAAGAGAAAAUCUUCACCGAACAGGCCACCCAAAUCAAUGCCUGGGAUAAGCUUCUAAUAAGCAACAACCUCAAAAUUGUCGAACUAAACGAUGCAGUACGUAAAGUAAAAAACGAUCAACAAGUGCUGGAUCAGGAACUGGAAUUUAUUGCCACCCAGCACAAAGAGCUCGAGGAGAGUUUGGGCCCCCUGGAAAAGGAAUUCAAUAGUUUGAAUCGUGACGAUGUGGAGCGCAAGCAAACGUAUCUAAUGGUUGAGAAUCUGGAUACCCAACUUAAGCAAAUGUCGGAGGAUCUCAAGGAGAUAAUUGAUAAUCUGAAUGAGGCCAACAAGGGGCAGGAUAACACCGAUCCCAUAAUCCAAAUUGGCAAGAUAUUAAAUGCCCACAUGAGCUCCCUGCAAUGGAUUGAGUCCCAGUCCACCAACAUAUGCAAGAAAUUGGAUGACAUUGGCAAGAUUCAAGAUAGCCAAAAAAGAGAAAUCUUUCGUCCUCCCUUCUAGAAUACAUAUACUUAUAUAUAAAUAUAGA